GGGUGUCACUUGGCGGGUUCAUGAUGCAACAGUUCCUUCAUUCUCUCCUCUAAGCAUUCCAUCCAAGAAUGCUCUGAGCCUCAUCAAUCAUCAUCGUUCCAACGUCGCAAUGCAUAAACUAAUGCAAUCGGAGAGAAAGUCGACCGCGAGAGUGGGGUCAUUCCGGCACAGUUUCUUAGAAAGGAGCAAAGAGAAACUCCUCUCCAAGAAGGACUUUAACCUCAUUAACGACGACAAUGCUGACAACCCCAAACGCUCCUUCCUCGACGCGCUAUCUGAUCGCGUCGUUAGACUCCGCGAUGGCUCCAAAGACUUCGCCUCCAAAUUGUACGAGAUGGGUCGCAAUGACCGACGCAAAGUCGUCUUUGCCAUGAAAGCUGGAUUAUCCUUGGCUAUUGUCUCGCUUUUCAUAUAUAUCAAGGAGGAACAGCUUAGCAAGUACUCUAUCUGGGCCAUCCUCACCGUUGUCGUCGUUUUCGAAUUCAGCAUAGGUGCAACUCUUAACAAAGGGUUCAAUCGUGCUUUGGGAACAGUUUCUGCUGGAGUGAUUGCUCUGGGAAUUGCACAGUUAUCCGUGUUGGUUGAUUCAACUUUCGAGGAGCUUAUUAUUGUGUUCUCUAUUUUUGUAGCUGGGUUUUGUGCGAGCUUCAUGAAGCUGUACCCUGCGAUGAAGCAAUAUGAAUAUGGCUUUCGUGUAUUCUUGUUGACAUUUUGUAUUGUGUUAGUGUCUGGGAGACACGGGUUGCAUUUGUCUACAGCUUUUUACAGAUUGAUUCUUAUUGGUGUUGGAGCUGGUGUAAGUUUGUCUGUGAAUAUAUGCAUUUACCCCAUCUGGUCUGGGGAGGAUCUGCAUAAAUUGGUGGUGAAAAAUUUCAAUGGAGUUGCCGCAUCUUUAGAAGGUUGUGUAAAUGGGUACCUGCAAUGUGUUGAAUAUGAGAGGGUCCCAUCCAAAAUACUUGUUUAUCAAGCUUCCGAUGAUCCUCUUUACAGUGGUUAUAGAACAGCAGUGCAAUCGUCAAGUCAAGAGGAGACUCUGGUAGAUUUUGCAUUAUGGGAGCCACCUCAUGGUCCAUACAAGAUGUUCAAUUAUCCUUGGAGAAGCUACGUCAAAGUCAGUGGAGCAUUGAGGCAUUGUGCUUUCAUGGUCAUGGCAAUGCACGGAUGCAUACUUUCAGAAAUACAGUCGCCUCCGGAGAAGAGGAUAGUUUUCUACGAAGAACUUCAAAGGGUUGGAAUUGAAGGAGCUAAAGUCUUGCGGCAACUUGGAAGCAAAGUGGAAAGGAUGGAAAAGCUAAGUACCGAUGACAUUCUCUUAGAUGUUCAUGAGGCUGCUGAACAAUUGCAGAUGAAGAUUGACCGAUUGUCAUUCCUCCUAGUGAAUUAUGAGAGCUGGGAGGAAGCUGCAAAACAGAAGCAUAAGGAAAGUGAACAGUCUGAAAAUUUGAUUGAUGUUAAAGACAAUGAGAACAAGCAACCUGAGAUCACUUCCCUCAGUGAAAUAGGGAAUGAUCCCAAACUCAAUAUAAGAAUCGAGCCUUCCACGCCAGAGUCUCUUCCACAGACCGCGACCAAGAGCUCUCUGUCACGGACACAUCUUUCCCUUUUUGGAGAUGGCUUAGUAAAUGAGCAAGAAUCCAAAGUGUACGAAAGUGCCAGCUCCUUGUCUUUGGCAACAUUUGCUUCAAACUUGAUCGAGUUUGUUGCGAGGCUUCAAAAUCUUGUGGAUGAAUUCCAUGAUCUUAGCGAGAAGGCAAAGUUUAAAGACCCCCUUGAACAACCCUUGUUGAAGUAGGAGUUAGCAGCAACUUGGGACAAGCUCUACAGUCUCCUUGUUUAUACGUUGGAGGUCAUGAAAGAUGUCAAACAUAGAUAUUUUGUUUCAUUUUUUAUAAAUAACUCUGAACCUAAAGCUGCACUCUUUUUUUCUGGAGAAGUGGCAGGAUAAGAAGCUUACAAUGUCCAAGAUAUCUCAUCUUUAUAUACUCUGUAUAAUUUAAACAACCAUCUCUGAUUUGUUUUAA